AUGAAGGGAAGGAGGAGGUGGGAGAAGCUGUCGAGCUGCCACCGUGUGCCAAGAAUUUCAGCAUUCCUGGCCACAGCCUAUGGCAUAGGCUACACCAAGGCUCAGAGAAGAGCUAUGUGCUUUGUGGGGAGGUUGACCCCAAACCCCAGCCUCAGGCAGUGGGUCCUGGCUGGUCUGAAAGUCAUUGUGGCUUCAGUUACCUUGUUGAUCUUCUCCACCAUCUUCUGCCUGGUAUUCUGGGUGUUGAGGGCCUGGAAGCAUCAGGUCCCCAAAGGCCUGAAGAGUCCACCAGGGCCCUGGGGCUGGCCCCUGCUUGGACACAUACUCACCUUGGGGAAGAACCCACACCUGGCACUGUCGCAGCUGAGCCAGCGUUAUGGGGACGUGCUAGAGAUCCGCAUUGGCUGCACACCUGUGCUGGUGCUCAGUGGCCUCGACACCAUCCGGCAGGCCCUGGUGCGGCAGGGCGAUGAUUUCAAGGGCCGGCCUGACCUCUACAGCUUCACCCUGAUCUGUGGUGGCCAGAGCAUGACCUUUAACCCAGAUUCUGGACCAGUGUGGGCUGCCCGCCGUCGUCUGGCCCAAAAGGCCCUCAACACCUUCUCCAUCGCCUCAGACCCGGCUUCCUCGUCGUCCUGCUACCUGGAGGAACAUGUGAGCAAGGAGGCUGAGGCCCUCAUCAGCAAGUUUCAGGAGCUGAUGGCAGGGGCUGGGCAGUUUGAUCCCUAUAAUCAGGUGGUGGUGUCGGUGUCCAAAGUCAUUGGUGCCCUGUGCUUUGGGCAGCACUUCCUCCAGAGCAGUGAAGAAAUGCUCAGCCUUGUGAAGAACAGCCAUGAGUUCGUGGAAUCUGCCUCUUCUGGAAACCCCGUGGACUUCUUCCCAAUCCUUAAAUACCUGCCCAACCCCACCCUGCAGAUGUUCAAGGCCUUCAACCAGAGGUUUGUGCAGUUCUUGACGAUAAUGACCCAGGAGCACUAUCAGAACUUUGACAAGAACAGUGUCCAGGAUAUCACAGGUGCCCUGUUCAAGCACUGUGAGGAGGACUCCAGACCCAAUGGUGACUUCAUUCCCCACAAGAAGAUUGUCAACCUUGUCAAUGACAUUUUGGGGGCUGGAUUUGACUCGGUCACAACAGUCAUCUCCUGGAGCCUUAUGUACCUUGUGACAAAUCCUGAGAUACAGAUGAAGGUCCAGGAGGAACUGGACACAGUGAUUGGCAGGGCACGGCUGCCCCGGCUGUCUAACAGAUCUCAGCUGCCUUAUUUGGAGGCCUUCAUCCUGGAGACCUUCAGACACUCCUCCUUCGUUCCCCUCACCAUACCCCACAGCACAACAAGAGACACAACACUGAACGGCUUCUACAUCCCCUAGGAACGCUAUGUGUUCAUAAACCAAUGGCAUGUCAAUCACGACCAGAAGCUGUGGGGGGACCCAUCUGAGUUCCGGCCAGAGUGAUUCUUCACUGCUGAUGGCACUGCCAUCAACAAGACCUUGAGUGAGAAGGUGAUGCUCUUUGGCAUGGGCAAGCACCGGUGUAUAGGGGAGGUCCUGGCCAAGUGGGAGGUCUUUCUUUUUCUGGCCAUGUUGCUGCAGUGACUGGAGUUCUAUGUGCCACCAGGCAUGAAAGUGGACCUAACCGCCAUCUAUGGGCUGACAAUGAAGCACGCCCACUGUGAACAUGUCCAGACAUGGCUGCGCUUCUCCAUCAAGUGA